AUGAGGAGCACCAAGACAGACCCACCAGCAUGAAGGCCGCCCUGCUCAGCCUCGCCACCUUCUGCAUGUUUGGUGUCCAGGCCGACGUGGAAGUGGAUCCACAUUUCGACCUUACAAGGUUUGCAGGGAAGUGGCACGUCCCGGCACUCGCCUCUACCGAUCCGAUGCUUCAGAGCCUGAAGGACAUCAUCACGACACCGGCGGUCCGAAUCAUCCCCUUACCAAAUGGCAACCUGGAAAUAGAAAGUUACUACCUAGUGGGAAAAAAUUGCGAAGGGAUGAAGAGCACCUAUAUGAAGACCGAGCAACCGGGACACUUUACCGCAAGUGACGAGAACGGCAAGAAGGACCUGAGGGUGAUGGCCAGUGAUGCCAACUUCGCCAUCGUCUACGUCCAGUGGGAGAUGAAGGAGAUGCCGCCCAGCAGGAGUCUCCAGCUUUACAGCAGAGACCCAAAGGGAAGUAAGAACAUGGACCAAUUCAAGGCCUAUUGCCAGAAGAUGGGGCUGAUGGGCGAGCUGGUGGUCCCGCCCUUGUCCGAUAAAUGUUUCAAGGAAAUCAGCGGCUGAAGGGAACCAGCCUGACCCAACUCCAGCCAAAGACUCUCCUGUUCCUGACCACAAUGGCUGGCUUCUCACCUCUUAAACCCCACCCCCCGCUUGCCCACAU